AUGGCUCCCGAUUCGAAUUCCCCGCUGAGCGCGGGCUCCAUACUUGAUUACAUGGUCAAGAGCCUUCCGACCCCACCUCCCGACUCUGAACAAAUACUCCUCCUCAAAGACCCAUACACUGCUAUAGCCCUCUUCUCCCAUGCCUGUAUGCUUGCAGUAGGUUUUCGUCUUAUUGGAUUGGGAGAAGAUCACAAAUUAGCCGAAUCAGACCCUCCAGAUGCACAACCCCUACCUGCCGAAUGGAAUGCCUCCUCUUCGUAUGCUUUUCGUUACGCACACUCUCAAUCCUCGAUGAAUUUUCUCGUCAAAGUGAUCCGGCUCGGAAGCAAAGCCCUUGUAUUUGGUAUGGCUCUCGGGGAUGACAAAACCGUCUCUUUUGAAGUCAGGGUGCAAGAUUAUGUGUCUGAGGGCUCGUUAAAAGAAGCAACCACCAAUUCAGACAAAAUUUCGGCGUUGCGAAACGUCUUCAUAUCCAACGGACGUCUCGAAGAUUUGGCAUCUCUCUUCAAGAUCAACAUCAUCCAGAGACUGGCACCAGGCAUUCAAAAGGCCGGUUACGAAGAUCCUGCGUCGACAAUAGAGCAGCCCAGGCGACGGGAAGAAACGCGGCCACCUGAACAUGAUCCCCUGCGUGAUACUUUUCCUCCUCCGGCACGGCCACACCCUUUUGAUGACCCGCUAGCAGCGCCUCCAAGAAGGCCUCAUCCCCCUGGUGACUUCCCCCCACCAGACUUUGAAGACGAGUAUGAGAUUAAUCGACCACCACGAGGGAUGCCAGUUGGUGGUCAACCAUUUGGCAACAUUGGCGAAAGAGACCUUUAUCCUCCUGGCCUUGGUCCCCACGAUCCCCUUCGCAUAGGACCAGGCGGCGGCUUUCAUGGAAGAGGUGGUAUGCAUCCCACCUUUGAUGACCCAAUAUUCGGUGGACAAGGGGGGCGGCAACCGUACGACCCGACCGCGCCUCCAGGAGCUAGAUACGAUCCGGUUGGACCAGGAGAUGGACCCCCAAAUCUUCACGGAGGUCGGUUUCCAGGUCGAGGGGGGGGAAGAUUUGGUGGCUUUGGGAGCAGCGACUUCGUUUAG